CUAAGCAGUUUCUUAGGGAGUUUGAGCGGGUUGCGCGCUUAGUGCCUGACCUUCCAGAUAAGGAUCGGUGCCUCAUCUUCCUCGAAAAUUUUUCAGAAGUUGAGCAGCGAGAACUGAUGAAGGAUAUGAGUGGGCGAUAGGACUGGCCAAAGAUAAAGGAAAAUCUGUUGGCCGGAAGUUUCGACCAAAUGCUUUACCGUCUCCUGAAGCAGCAAAAGGAGGACCGUGAGAAGGAAGGGGUAAGCGCGGACAAGGAUCAAGCCGUUUACAAGACCCUGACAGACAUGCGGAACAUGAUAGUGGACAUGAAGGAGGAAAGACUAAAGCUACAGGUGAUGAUGGUCCAGACAAAAGGUGGGAAAAGGAAGGGCAAAACACCCGUUGUGGAGGAAGUGAGUGGUAGCAGCAGUGAAGAGGAAGACGAGGAGGAAGAGGAGCCUCCUCGAAAAUUGACCAAAGCAGAACGGAAGGCCCUGAACCAGAUACGAGGAGGGCAGGGCACUAGUAAGAAGCAGCGGAAGAAUAAUGGAGGAGGUGGACAAGGAAGUAAUCAGGAACAGGCGGCUCUAGCCCCUCCUCAGCAACCCCAACCUCAGGCAGGAGGCCGAGGCCGAGGUCGAGGUAGAGGACAAGGCACUGGGGGAGGCCGAGGCAAUGGGGGCGGCCGAGGUAAUUGGCAGAAUUGGUUUUGCAAGUAUUGUGGCCAAGAUGGACAUGGGAUACGGUUUUGUCAGACCGUUACCAAAGAUGAAAACGAUAAGGUUAUAUAUACGAAUAUCCGAGGCGAGGUCUACGACUUCGAAGGGAAUCUCAUCGAUCCCAAUGUGGAGGGAGGAAUGAGAAAGGAAGCUUUCCGACGUAUGGGGCGAGAUCUUCCAGCAACUUUUCGACUGGCUUCUCCGGAAGAGGUCGAACAGAUUGAGUUGGAAGCGACGAUGGAGUCAUUGAUGAUUGGAGAUGUCAAGGCCGCGGAUGAAGGGUUGAGCAAAGAGCAGGAAAAGAUACUGCAGCGAGCUCAAGCAGUGGUCAGAAAAAUGACUCGAUGCAGGAAAGCUUUCGUUCAAGUAUGCGCCGACAUGAAUGAAGAAUGGCUCGGGCUUCCCCAAGUUUUUUUGUUUGGAGGAUGGGACAGAGACGGCCAAGGAGGUCUUACUGAUGGUACCGCAUCACAGCCUGGAUCGCCGUCGGCAGGGCGUUUGAUGGCCACCACAAUCUUGUCCCGUCCUGCUUUCAAGCGACCUGCCACAGCUGGCCUCCCACAAACUCGGAGGGCUCGAAGGCCGUCGCGGCUUAGGGCAGCACCGGAAGAAGGGCCAAGUCAGCCUCGAAAAACCGAGAUGAUUUCGAUUGAAGAAGACGAUGGCGAGGAGGAUGAAUUGCUGCGACCCGAAGAUGAGAGGCAGACCAAACAAAGAGUCCUGGAGAGGGAGUCAGAAACGGGCAAGGCCGACGUUGGGGAAGGAGAAUUGAAGAAGAAGAAGCAAGUUUACACAAUUCCAGUGGAACAAGGGUUGGAUAUCGAGCAAAUCGUGGACCGGAUUCUGGAGAGCCAACGCGAUUUGUUCACGCUCAAAGAAUUCUUGGCCGCGUCGUCCAAAAUCCGAGAGGAGUUCAGACACCGACUGUCAAGGAAAAAUGUGAUGACGGUUAAGAUGAGUGAUAUUUUUCCUCAAGAGAUUAGUUGGGCUCUGCCUGGGACAAAAAUGGACUGGCACUGUGUAGCUACUGGGUUGUUGAAGGUGCAAAUUGGGCCAUGCGAAUAUUCAGCUCUCAUCGAUGAUGGAGCUGAAAUGAACAUUAUACGGGAAAGAGAAGCCAUGGGGGCAGGAGUCAAUAUCAAUCGAGCAGAUACUGGAUUUUUGGUGGUUGCAAGUGGGAUAACUACCUUUUGCGGAACGACGAGUGACGUGACGGUACAAGUUGCAAGGGUGGAGCACCUACGGAAGUUGGUGCGUAAAAAUCAAGAAUGGGAAUGGGGUCCAAAACAACAGGCGGCGGUGGACGAUAUCAAGGCACAAUUCCGAGAAGGAGGAUUGAUCCUGGGGGUCCCGUGCUUUGACAAAGACCCGAAUCGACCCUUUGUGGUUGAAACGGAUGCAGGCCCCACAACAUUGGGUGGUGUCCUCAUCCAAAAGGAUGGAGAAGGGCGAGAAAGGCCAUUGAGAUUUGAAAGUCGAACGCUGAAUGAGGCGGAACGGAAAUAUACCCAAUUUAAAAAGGAAACCCUUGUAGUGCUUCAUUGUUUCAAGAUCUUCCAAAACUAUGUGUUUGGAAGACGGUUCGUCCUGCGGGUGGAUCCGACUGCCCUGGCGCAAUCACUAAAGAAUUACUCUCCCUCGGAUCCAACUAUUGCUCGAUGGUUGAUCUAUAUCUGGAUGUUCGAUUUCGAGAUCGAACGCAUUGCAGGAGUGAAAAAUCGAGCAGAUGGAUUGAGUCGGAUCGAGUGGGACUCCUCGAAAGAUCAGGCAGAAGACUCGGUUCCUGUGGAUGGGUUCUUGGAGGCGGACGAGCAACAAUUAAGUAUCAAUGUUUGGGAGUACAUCACUAAUGCCCUGUCCCGACCUGGGAAGUCUAUCUGGAGUUCGUCGGGUUGUUAUCAAAGGCGUUCAGAACUUGUAGGGAGAGAGCCCUUUAUUGAGGAGGAUCCUUGGGGCGAACGAUCUGCUGAGCAAAUGAUGAGGUUGACAUUGUCGGAUCCGGUACGACUGUCAGAAGAGCCACUUACAAUUGAAGGAGGACAUGAGCAAGGCGACGAAGUCCUCAGGACCUCCGGGGGAAUGGUAUUUCUCGUUAAUUCGUUAAUACAGGAAGAUCGCGGCAAGUUAAUGUUGGAAGAAGGGGAAGGCAGUGAGAUCAAAGAAGCCUUUCGCGAGGAAGAAUAUGAUGGGACUUAUAAGAAGAUUGGGCUUUGGUUGAAUGGGGACCUGAAUGAGGCAGGGAUAGAGCCAGAAAUAAGAGAAAAGGCAAAGGGUUUUCUUGUCCGACAGGGGCAUCUCUUCAAAAGGUCUGACAAUGGUACGCCUAAGAGAGUGGUGUGUGGGGUUCCCAGACAGUUGGAUGUGAUUGCGGCCCUACAUGAUGUUGUGGCAGGUGGACAUUGAUCUGCUCGAGUGACAUUAAGA